CGAGGUUAGAACUAGAACUAGGAAGCUGCCUCGACAAACAAACACCAGCAGAGCGCAAUUAGAGCACAAUGUCUGUAGCAAAGUUACCUGAGACGAUCUCGUUCACCGAGGACAAACUUGACAAGGUCGCAAAGUCCCUCGGAGUUACCAUUCCGAAGAAAGACGCAAACGCGUACCAGAUCCUUCUAUCCGGUCUUGAAGAUCUUGCAAAAGUGAUUGAGGAUGAGGAAGAUUAUCUCCCCUAUGUCGAUCUCGAGCGGUUUCCGAGAGAGAACGUGCAUCAGCCCGAGACUAAUGAGUACAAUGCCUGGGCGUACAAAGUGACAAUUAAAUCGCAGUCGGCUGAGGACGCAAAGGGGUUGCUGGCGGGUAAAACGAUGGCGAUCAAGGAUAAUGUGAACAUUGCUGGUGUUCCGUCACUGCUGGGAACCGACGUGAUUGAGAAGGGCAGCUUCGUGCCAAAGUACGACGCGACUAUUGUUUCCCGGGUUUUGGCCGCGGGGGCUACGAUUGUCGGAAAAGGCGCCUGCGAAAACUUCUCAAUGAGCCCGUCGUCGUUCACCAACGCGUACGCGUUCGUGAGCAACCCAUAUGCGGACGGGUACAACGCCGGAGGAUCGUCGAGUGGCUGUGCGGCCUUGGUGGCCGCUGGAAUCGUCGAUAUGGCCGUCGGCGGAGAUCAGGGUGGAUCGAUUCGGAUUCCUGCAUCGUACUGCGGCCUCGUGGGCUUGAAGCCGACGUAUGGAUUGGUUCCGUACACUGGAAUUGCGUCGCUGGCGUUCACUGUUGAUCACACUGGCCCGAUGACUCGUACUGUUCUUGACAACGCGCUGUUCUUGCAGGCGAUCGCCGGCGCAGACGAGUACGAUCCCCGACAGCUUGGUCUUCCGACGCCUAUCCCCGCGUACUACGACGAACUUGUAAAGUUCAAAGACGCCCCCGCGCAAGCCGCCAAGAGCUUCAAGAUCGGCCUGAUCCUCGAGUCGUUCGACAUGCCGGGCCUCGACGAGCGCGUCAUUGCAAAGGUCAAGGAAGCAGCGAAAGCAUUCGAGACCCUUGGCGUCGACAUCACGGUCUCGGAGAUCUCGAUCCCGAUGCACGCAAAGGCGCCCGCGAUCUGGUCGAUUGCCGCCCGCCAAGGGUUUUCCGAGCACGGUCUGCGCGGACAGAAUCCGGUGAACUUUGGUGUGCACGAUAAGGAGGUUCCGGAGUUGUUGGCGAACUGGGAUCAGGAGAUGUUUGAUAAGCUUGCGCUCAAGAAUCCUGCGGCGACCAACACCCUUUUGGGAGGACAGUACAUAAGAGAUUCGCGCCCGGGGUUGACGUCCAAGGCGCUCAAUCUUGCGCGAAAACUGAAAGACACUUACAACGCCGUCUUUGACGAAUACGAUGUUCUAAUCACCCCUUGCGCUCCCACUCCCGCAAACUACAAAUCAAAGCUCGAGGACGACAUCAUGACGAAGAUGUCAAAGGCCGUCGGCACGACGAUCAACACGAUGCCGUUCAAUAUCUCGGGCCACCCGGCCAUGAGCUUGCCGAUCGCACUGAUGGCGCCGGUGGAGGAUGAGACGCUCAAGUUACCGAUUGGAAUGCAGUUGGUGGGAAAGUCGUUUGAUGAGUUGAAGGUGUUUAAGGCUGCCUUUGCGUGGGAGCAGAGCAUUGACUGGAAGAGUUUUUGAUUUUGAUAGACUAUAAUAUAAUCUAGAUUAAGAAACUACAAUAAGCAAAA